UGACUGCAGCAGUCGUGACGACGGCGCGCCUUCACCAAGGACGCCAGCAGCCACGCACGACCGGACUCCUGCUCUAAAAAGCAAAAACCACGCGCCGGCCGGCGGCGGCAGCCACGGACAUGCACCAGUCCAGGCUCAUAUGGCUCGUCGUCGCGCGCGCCGGGGCCUGGGCACCAGCACCGCCGACGAGGCGCCGGCUGGCAGCAUGCCAGGCCGAGGCGGGCCUCGAUGCCGCGUCGCCGAUGCGGCGCGGCCUCGUCGGCGGCGCCUUCGCGGCGACGCUCGUCGAACCGGCCCGCGCCGACGACGCCUUCCCCGGCACGGCCGAGGACCGCCGCCGGGCCGUCGCGGCGCGGAUCAAGGAGUUGGGCGUGCGCGCCUUCGCGGAGCCGUGGCCGGAGACGCGCCGGAACCUAUUAUAUGCGGGCGGCCUGAAGGACGCGCCGCCGACGCGGCUCGCGUUCAGCGACUACAACCACUGCGACCUGACGUGCAUGGCGCCGGCGGUGAUGGACGAGUCGAACGCGGACGGCGCCGUCGCCGGCGUGUCGACGUCCAACAAGCUCGGCGAUUCAAUAAGAGCGAACAGCCUCGCGGACCUCGGGCCGGGCGGCAGCUGGGCCACCUGCAUGAUCGGCUGCGCGUCGGAGCCGCCGCGGGACGUCGCGCACGUCCAGUUCAAAUCGCGCAUCGCGUUCAAGUUGGUUUGGACGCCGGGCGCCCAGGACUCCUUCCGGCGCUUCGUCCUCGUCGACGACGAGGGCGUCCUGCUCGCGUCGGGCGCGCCGACGGGCAACGACCUCCCCCCCCUGGCCGAGCGCAAGAAAAACUUCGCGCUCGUUGAGGGGUCGAAGUACGCGCGCGCCGCGACGAUCUUCCGCUGGCCCGACGUCUACGACCCGACGUUCACGGUCGAGGAGAAGUAG